UGCAAACAAUAGAUGCGUGCGUGGUCCGUGUGUACGAAGGAGUUCUCGUCUGUGGGCGAUAAUUUCAUUAAGUACAAAUGUAUCGACUCGAGUGAUGGAAAAAAGGUAACGCCGAGAGACGACAGGAAGAUACGAUUGAAUAAUAGAGACACGGGGGGGUAAAUGAUCGAACGCUACCUCGUGGUAUCGAAGCAAACAGCUGGCACCGCGUAACAUGGCUGAGAACAGCGUCAUUUUCAGUCGUAAACAGUGACUCAUUUAUAUCAUAUCAAAUCCAUUACAAAAAGUAGAAAACAAGAGACAACAUAUUGCGAUUGAAUCGUGUGGAUUGCGAUAUUGUAUUGUAUUGAAGUUAAAAAAAGGAUUUGUAUAUUGGAAGGAUGGCUGGUUACGCGGUCGUGCGCAAAAAAUUUUGCUGAUCCUCGCUCCAUUUGGGGGAUCCUGCGCCGUGCAUGACCGGCGGCGGAAAGAAAUUUGUCGCCAACGAUUUCAUGCUAUUCAACGAAGCCGUCCCUGUUGAUCUCUGGAAGUAUUGGUCGAAAGUGAGAGAAGAAAUACGUUUGAAACGGAGAUAAGAAUCGUUCGAGAGAUGAGAUCGUAUGACGGUGAGAGUAGCUCCACGGAGGACGACGACAGGAGAGAAGGGCUUCCUGAAGCGCAUUUGCAACAAGGAUCCUGGCAACGUUCGGCUUCGCAUCCUACGUGGGCUUGGGAACAUCGUACUAGUCAUCCAGUGCCACCACAGUCAACAGCGUCGCUCGAGUCUAUGUAUUCUGUACCGGGAGCAUCUCACGCUAGUGUUUCCGCUCCUCCAGCUAGUUACUCGUCUGAGCAUCCUCAGAGUGCACCUGGUAGAAGGACUCCCUUGGGUGCCGUCGGCCUCGGCGGUUUCUAUUUUCAGCAGCAGCCCCAACCGCAUGCUUCAUCGAGUGCUCUUUCCGAUGAAAACAGACCAGACCAAGAAAGGCCUGGUGCAUCGAGACUGAAUUGCCCGCCAAAGUCAAAAACUACUCGCCAAGGGAAAAGUAUGCGAUUGAACAUUAACGCCAGAGAACGCAGAAGAAUGCAUGAUUUGAACGAUGCGCUCGACGAACUUCGAUCCGUGAUUCCUUACGCUCAUAGUCCGUCCGUCAGAAAACUGUCCAAGAUUGCAACACUUCUGUUGGCGAAAAAUUACAUUCUCAUGCAAGGGAACGCCUUGGAGGAACUAAGAAGAGUGAUAGCGGUUUUACAAUCCCCACACGCUCAUACUACUGCUUUACCACCCACACCUGUUUCCUACGAUUUAUUACACGGGUUUCCAGGCAAAUUGUUCCAAGGUGUGCAGGAUAUGCAAGGACUUCCUACGACAGAUCCCCAAAGCGUCACAGCAGGUGGACCUCCAACCGAUGGGGAUGAAACGGGCGUCGGUAGAAGCGUCAAGAAAUAUUAGAGGAUUUCUUACUAUACGAUUUACAAGAUAAAGGAGGGAUAAGUAGAAGGUAUUACUUUUAGCGUUGAUAACGAUUUUUAUGAAUAUUUAAUGACACACAACGCGAUUAAUCUUCCAGAGGACAGAAUUUGAUAGGUUCAGUUUUAACAUUAAAACUAUAACACGUCUAGCCUGUAAGUUUUGAACGUGAGACUACUUGUUGAUAUACAAUGAAAGUAUUAGGUGAAGAAAUAUUAUUCAAGGGUGGCGUACACUGUUAUGAGUUCGAUAAACACUAAAGUCAAUACUAGUACUUACGGUUGAAGCUCCUAAGAUGAAAGUUUAUGAAAGUACUAGCGAUUAAUGAUUAAGAGUAAUUACGAUCUAAGAUUAUUAACAAAGCAAUAAGUAACAGCAUAUUUCUGUCUCUGGUAUAACAAAAAUUGAUUAUUAAUGAGAAGAGCAAAUUAUAAUCUAAGAUUUCUUUCUUAUAUAUUUUCUCUUUCGAUUUCGAAAUGUCAAAUACUGACUGCCAGAGAGAGAGAGAUGAUGUAUAUAUAAGGAUGAGGAAUAAAAUUUCCAAAUCCCGUCCGGUAACACGAUAGUCAAUAUAGCAUGUGAUACAUGUCGAGAUAUAAAUAUAUAUAUAUAUUAUUGUAUAUUCUAGUCAUAUAUGCGUACAGAUCUUAAAUAUUCAUAUACAUAUUACAUAUAUAUAUAUAUAUAUAUAUAUAUAUAUAUUUAAUAAUUCGAAUUGAGCCAUCGAUUGUAUAACUUAUUUAUAUACAUGAUGCGUUUAUUAAGAGUUUACUACGAUGUGCCAAGAAUAUAUCCAGUUUUUUGCGGGAAUAAUCAAACGCAGAGUUCUAUACGAAGGACGGAAGUACUCCUAAUUAACAAUGACCCCUUAAUUUAUCGGAUCUUAUUUUUGGAAUCUUCCGUGCUUCGACAAAUUUAGAUGGAAUAUUGUAAAAAAAAUUUAACAACGCCGUUAAAGUGGCAAGCAAUAAUGAUCAUUAUUAUUAUAUUAUUCGUAUAGAAUUCCUAAUGACAUUGGUCGUUAUAUAAUAAUAAAAGUGCGCAGAUGUUACACUAACGACGAAAACAGACAAACAUGUUUGUUGUAGAGUGUAGAUAUCACUGUUUAGUGCUCGAAUAAAAUUUAUUUAAGAAAGUUGUGAAUCAGGCAGAUGCUCUGAAAGAAAAUCGUUAAAUAUCAAGAGAAAAAAGACAUUAUCUUGUCAUUUUUAUUUACCUUAUAUGAGAUAAGAAAUCGAGAUGGAUAACAAUAGAUGUUCUUUCAGGUCAACUGUAUUAUAUAAUUUUAAUUAGAAAAUAUAUCGAAGCAAUAUACGAAUGACGUUUUUCUAAACCAAAAAACGUCUUAAUAUGUACACCACACGAGCGGUGUAUCGAAUUACUUUUCAGACUUGCGUUUGUAUUCUAUUUCUGAACGAGACACAAUUUUCUAGUUAAGUCAACGAUAUUCGAUCUAGUUCCGUGUAAAGAUAUUAGAAAUAUGUAUACAAGUCGUUUAAUGAAAAUCGAUUAACCUUCGCAAUGUUGAAAAUGUACUGUACCUUUCGUGCACUACUGCCAUUGUUGAAAAAAAUUAUGAACACCUGUUAUGUACGGUGAAUCAUAAUUUUCAUUAUAAAAUGAUCAGCUAUUCAUUCUUAAUUUUUAUGAACUACCUAACACUACGAGAGAUAGACAAUUUGUAUCAGUCAUCGCACACGCGAGUAGUCAGUGGCGCCAUCGCGACUACCGCGCGAGGAAUUAUUACUUUGAUUCUAUUCGAGCAUUCUUUCCAAAUUAAACCCAAUACCGUUGUGAAAUAUAACUUCUAUUUCGCGCAGUUACGAAAAAAGAAGGCCACGCAUUACAGCGAGUACUGUAUGCAACGAAACGAAUUAACUUUAGAACUGUAGGAUAGAAUUAUUUAGAAUUUCGUUGAAGUUUAAAAGGCUCGACAAGUGGCGCCAUCAUGGCUGCCACUUUACGGAGCAUUCACUUGAUCGUCUUCCGUCCUUCUGGGAGGACCUUACACCGUAUGUGCCUGAUUCGACGGGGCUUAUUGUGUGCGUGCCUCGUUGGUGGCUUCAAGAUGGCCUGCAGGCUGCUGUUGCGCGCCAUGGUGUGAUCAUUUGAUUCACGGUGCUUUGUGUCCCUGUAAAUAUUUCGCUGUGAAAAAGUUCGCUAGUGUCAGAAUAACAACGGCCUGUUGGUAACACAAGACAAUCUGAAAAUGUGACGAUCGACUGAAAACCGGAAAUAUCUUCGUACGAAGACUGCCAAGGGAAAAAAAACAUGAUAAGUUAGAUUGCUCGUAUUUUAUAAUUGAGUAACUUCGAAAUGGAUAAUACAGGGGAGGAGCAUGCAUCCAGAAUCCCCGUUUUCCCGGCUGCAGUCGGAUCGAACUCGCGCUCCUGGUGCAGCUGCGUCGGUUUGUUACGGUGUAGUGCCACGAGAGCGUGGAGAGUGUACGAGAGAAAAUACGAGGGUGGAGGAACGAAUGGGGUGGAGAACGGGAGGAAGGAAGGAGAAAGAGAGAGAGAGAGAAGUUCAUGGUAUGUAUGCACGUGGACUGCUAUAGUGCUACACUGCGGUGGGAUCGAUUCGGCCGGAGGUGGAACCCCCCCCACCCCAUUUACAAGCCCCAAUAUACACCCCCACAGCUCACUCUCCGUCUCUUUCGCGCCCCCGCGAAAUAUCCAUAGGUUCGUGCGUCUCUCUGCCUCUGCUAUCCGCCCUCUCUUUUUUCACCCUUGUCCUUUAGCAUCCUCGUGGUCGUGUUGCAUCUUGUCAGGUUUUUUCCCCCUCCGCUUUUACUGUUACUUCUUUAUAACGGCGAAAAAGAGUAACCUGCGUAAAUAUUUGAUGCAACGACGAUUCGAUAACCUUCAGUUAUCAGAAAUUAAUAUACGAUCGAGGUGGAAAAGUUCUUUUGUUAUUUGUCAUUCUACGCGUGCAUGUAUUCUCUAACGCGCUUUAUUGUUAGGCGAAACAAGAAAGAGUAGACGAGUAUUGUGGAAAAGGGGUAAGUCGAAUUCUUGCGUGAAAUUGUGAAAAGUGAAAUUUACGACUUUGAAAUUGUCUUUUUUUUCCAUAUGCGUGCGUGAUUUCUUUUACAAUCGAGGUUUCUUCAACACUUAUUUUUUUCUGCAUCUAGUACCAAUACCAAUACUAGUACUACGCAAAUGUAUCUUGCCUUUAUGGUAUUAUUUUUCUAUUUGCUAUUACUUACCUUUUUUACAAGGGGCGCGCAUGAAAAUUGGAGAAAAUUAUGUUUAUUAUGUCAUAAAUGUUCCCUCUUUUUUGUUAUUGUUCUUAACACGUUCUUGCUGUCGAAUUCGAUAUUUUAAAACUUUAUAUAAUCUAUACGUUAUUAAUGAUUUGUCAUUUUGUCCGCUUUAAGUUUUCUAAACACCGAAUACACUAUUGGCUAAGGCUGUUUGUUGUUAUAAUGGAUACUA